AUGGAGCCCGAGCACUGUCUUCCUUACGGCUCGGGGCCCGGCGCUUACCCGGCGGCCGACAAGCCACCGGGAUCCUCUCCUCACCUGCACUCCGCUCCACUCCCCAGCUCUCGGAUUGCUCGCUACGCUACGGCCUGCGGAACUCUGGAGCCCUAUUCCCCGGAGGCGGCCAAGCCCCCCGCCAAGUACCUGCAGGAGCCCGGGCCUGGGCCGACCCUCAACGGCAGGCGCUUUUACGAGGCCCCUGCGGAAGCAGAAGAAAAGGUCUCCAAAGUCGCCAGCUUCCCCCCACUGCCUCUAGACUGUCCAGGAGGUCCCUUGGAGAGCCCCCCGGAGCUGACAGGCUCCCCGGCACCCUGUUUGGCCAGGCUUCGGGGACCUCUAAGCCCCCAGCUCACUGACUCAAUGGAAUUGCCCAAAAGCAAAAACAAGAAACGGAGGAAUCGGACUACAUUCAGCACUUUCCAGCUGGAAGAGCUAGAGAAGGUUUUCCAGAAGACCCAUUACCCUGAUGUGUAUGCAAGGGAACAGCUGGCCCUCAGGACUGACCUGACUGAGGCCCGGGUACAGGUCUGGUUCCAGAACCGAAGAGCCAAGUGGAGGAAACGGGAGCGAUAUGGGAAGAUCCAGGAGGUGAGGAAUCCCUUCACAGCCACCUAUGACAUUUCAGUGCUACCCAGGACAGACAGCUACCCCCAGCUACAGAGCAACCUGUGGCCCAGCCCGGGGUCGGGGAGCCCGGGAGGCCCCUGUCUGAUGUCACCAGAGGGGAUUCCAUCCCCAUGCACAUCACCGUACUCCCAUUCCCACAGCAAUGUGGCUGGCUUUAUGGGUGUGCCAGCUUCCCCAGGACCUCCCCCGGGCAUCUACUCCAUCCAUGGAUUCUCCCCAGCUCUGGGAGGCCACAGCUUUGAGACAGCCCCUGAUGGUGACUACAAGUCUCCCAGCUUGGUCUCCCUGAGGAUGAAGCCCAAAGAGCCACCUAGCCUCCUCAACUGGACCACGUGA